AUGCUUGGAGACUCUGGAGUGAAGCAGAUCUCUGCUCUACUCAGGAUACCAAGCUGUAAACUGCAGAAACUGGGGCUUCAAUCCUGCAGUAUUACAGAAGAAGGUUGUGCUUCUUUGACUUCAGCUUUGACUUCAAAUCCCUCACACCUGAUAAAACUGUAUCUGAAUGAUAAUGAACUAGGAGACUCAGGAGUGAAGCAGAUCUCAGCUCUACUCAGGAUGCCAAGCUGUAAACUACAGCUACUGGGGCUGGAGUCCUGCAGUAUAACAGAAGAGGGCUGUGCUGAUCUGACUUCAGCGCUGAUUUCAAACCCCUCACACCUGACAGAGCUGUAUCUGAAUAACAAUAAACUUGGAGACUCUGGAGUGAAGCAGAUCUCUACUCUACUCAGGAUGCCAAGCUGUAAACUACAGACACUGGCGCUUGAGGACUGCAGUAUAACAGAAGAGGGCUGUGCUGUUCUGGCUUCAGCUCUGAUUUCAAACCCCUCACACCUGGGAGAUCUGAAUCUGGAUGAUAAUACACUUGGAGACUCAGGAGUGAAGAAGAUAUCUGCUCUACUCAGGAAUCCAGACUGUAAACUACAGCUUCUGAGGUAA